AUGGAGGUCUUUGGAGCUGUCGGGACGGCCAUCUCGCUCAUUACUCUGGCGAGAAAUAACAUGGGUCGUGCUCAAAGGCUGGGCAGAACUGUCGAUGAUCUUCGAGAAAUUUUGAGUGAUGUGAUGGAGCUGCAGGAUUACGUUGAUCCCGAGGAAGACAUUGACCUACUGGACAGGAUCUCUCGUAUCAUUGAUGAGGUCAUGGAGAUGAUAGAGGAAAAUAGCACCACGAGUCGGGUGGCGAUGACGUUCUUCUGGAACAGUUCGCUAGAGGGAGACGUGUACCGGCUCAAUGCAAAGCUCAGCCGCUUACACGAGAUGCUGAAAACUAGAACUCGACGGCGACGAACUUCGAAUGCCAGCAUCGCGAAUAUCAAUAACUCGCCUCAACACACUCCUUACUCACCUCCAUCAACCGCGCGGCGAGACCUCCUUCCAACUUCGAGCCUCUCACAAUUACACACUACACUGAUAUUUCAGGAUGCCGAGAACGAAGACGUGCGACCACCGUUGCAACUCGAAUGGUUCAGCAUCUUGGAGCGCAAUUAUACAUCUAAUUUUCGAACAAUUCAGUACGAAUCGAGUGACCGAAAUACGGUGGUAACUCACGAAGUUCAGUUCGGAACGAUACCAAACACGCCACAGAGUCUAGACGCGAAGGAGUGCGACUUCUUGGAGGAUCAACUACUCACCGUUGAGACACCUACUGAUUACGCCGUGUACCGACUCGACCCAAUAUAUAAAUUCGAGACCUCUAGAGCUUGUGACAAAUUCAUGAUGAAGGUCAGGGAGCGUGAGCUCGUUGGGAAAUUCCUUCCUGUUGAGAUAUCGAAAAAGAACACACAAUCGCCAUGGAAGAACCUCUGCUGCAUGAUGGUGGGAGGUUCAAAAGACAUAUUGCUCGCGCGAGAUAAGGUGGUCUGUCUCUGGGAAAAGUCGAGAGGCCUGAGCAAGAUCCCAGAUACGACGAUCACGUUCCACGACCGAAACACUAGAAAGGCGGUGGAGCUUUCUUGGAGAAAUAACGCUGAUGUCGCCGUCUUCACAUUUACCGGCCUGCCAGAAGCACGAGAGUUCGCCUCCGUAUUUGACCGGCAGAGAAAACGAAGGGCAUCUUCGGUCAACCCUACCGAUGGAGGUUUCAUGCAGCGGCAAAUCAAAGCCGGCUACAUUGCACCAGUCGCCGAGCUAGACGCAACUCCUAAAGGACCGGUCGAACUAGAUGCUGGCCUGAGACCGGCCGAGCUUGAGUAG